AAACUCUAAUAUAGUGAAAAUUCAAAACAAAACGUGUGUAAAGGUUAGACUUAUGUUGUUUUUUGUAAAAACAUAUUUCGAGUUAAAAUUCCUAUUAUUGAAUUAAAAAUAUGUCACGAAGGCCAGAACAUCAAGCUCCUCCUGAACUGUUUUACAAUGAAGAGGAAGCCCGAAAAUAUACACAAAAUUCUAGAAUAAUAGAUAUUCAGGCACAAAUGACUGAACGGUGUAUAGAACUAUUGCUACUACCAGAAGAUACUCCUUGUUUGCUUCUGGAUAUUGGGUGUGGAUCAGGAUUAUCGGGCACAGUACUUGAAGAAAAUGGUCAUAUGUGGAUUGGUAUGGAUAUUUCUCAAGCAAUGUUGGAUGUUGCACUAGAAAGGGAAAUUGAGGGAGAUGUAGUAUUAUCAGAUAUGGGUGAAGGUGUACCAUUUAGACCAGGCAGUUUUGAUGGGGCAGUCUCAGUAUCAGCUCUUCAGUGGUUAUUUAAUGCUGACAAAAAGUGUCAUCAGCCUGUCAAGAGAUUAUAUACAUUUUUCAGUACAUUAUAUGCCGCCUUGUCAAGAUCUGCUAGAGCAGUAUUCCAGUUCUAUCCAGAAAAUGAGAGCCAACUAAAUCUUUUGACAUCACAAGCAAUGAAAGCUGGUUUUUAUGGAGGUGUUGUGGUGGACUUCCCAAAUUCAGCUAAAGCUAAAAAAUUCUUCUUAGUCCUUAUGACCGGUGGAGCUGCUCCAUUGCCAAAAGCUUUAGGUACUGAAGAAGAAGAUAAUAGUCUAGAAGUAAAAUAUGCCAGAAGAGAAGCUUCAAAGAAGUUACGGGGUAAACCUUUAAAAAAUACAAAGGCUUGGUUGUUAGAGAAAAAAGAAAGGAGAAGAAAACAAGGCAAAGAAACAAAACCGGAUACUAAAUAUACAGGAAGAAAAAGAAGUGGUCGAUUUUAAAUAAAUAUAUAUUAUCUAGUUUCUAAGACUUAAUUAAAAGUAUAUAUUUUAUCUUUUGAUAAUAUAUUUCCACACAGUAUCAACACCAUGA